GAUCCUAUAAAUACAACAUUGGUUGAGAAGGAAAUUCACCCUUCACAUAUUCUUCUUUUUUCCAUUUUCCAAUCAAAGUAGCAUCACAUAAUAUGGAUGGAGCACGUGCUUUGCUUAACUUUGCAUUUUACUUUGUUGUGGUCCUAGCUGCAACUACUGUUACCAUGUCCCGUUCACCAAAGAUGCAAGCAAUGGGUGCACGCGAUAUGUCAGUUGAUAUUGUAGAGAUUGAACAAAAAUUAGUUCCGGUUGGUUCUAUACUAACUUGCUUGAAAAGAUGCUACAAGCAUAGUGAUUGUCGCGAUGGAUGGUUUUGUAAAGAUUGUGCAAAUGAUGCAUUUGAUCAAGGUGGAAAACAUUGCGACAAAUUUACUUCUUCUGGACAAGGAUAUUUUGCGAUGCUCAAUCGUCGUCAAGCUAAUCACGGGGUUUAUGAAUUUGCAGUUUGAUGAUGCAAAUGAAGAAAUAAUUUGCAGUUCACUUGAUGUAUUUAUCUAGUUUUUUUUUCCAUGAUGGCCUAUGAGUCCUUUAUCCUUAUCUUUGUUCCUCUUUGUGUAAUAAAUAAUAAUGCAAGUGAACUUAUAAGAACUUUUAUGGUUCUUUUACAAUAAGUUAAUGUGAGAAAUUUGACUUUUGAUUGCCA